CUUUGCUUCAUUGGUUGUCGGUAGGUCCUCCUGCAGUUUCAAUUCACAUUACAUUGGAGGUCUAGGACCAGUUCACUCAGUGUGUGUGCACUUUUACCUCUCUUUACAGAGGAAAGACUCUAUUCUACAGCAUCUGAUGGAGACAAAAUGCGCCUGACAGGUUACAGGAAGGGUGAUGACCCCUCAAGUUUAAAGUCUGAGGAGAAAUGGAUGAAAGAUCCCAGGUUUGUGGGACUGUCUCUGGUGGACGACCUGAUUUACAUGUUCUUCAGAGAAAGGAAUGCACAGGAGAACCCGGAUAUUGACCCGUGGAUUUCACGGAUUGGCCGAGUGUGUAAGAAUGACCAAGGUGGAUCCAGACAACGACUGCUGACUAAGUGGACGACCUUUCUGAAAGCCCGACUGCUCUGUAACAACCCUGUUGACAACGUCCAUUUUAACAGAAUUGAAGAUGCCUUUAUUUACAAGUUUCCCCAUGACAGUGAAGCGAGAGUGUAUGGAGUUUUUAGCAGCAAUUGGAAAGGAACAGCCGUGUGCGUGUACUCCAUGAAGGAGAUUAGUGAUCUUUUUGGAUGUUCCGUAUUUAAGGAUUUCAAGGGCAGUAUUCCCACUGACCCCAGACCUGGCACGUGUGUCAAUAACACAAAGGUUCUUCCGGAUCAAGUACUCGCUGUUGUGGAGGAUUAUCCUGAAAUGGAGUCUUGGAUCCAUCCCAUCGGAAGAAAUCCCCUCGUGAUCAAUUAUCAGAAUCGCUUCAAGAAAAUAGUCGUGGAUUCCGUUGUUGGCCCCAGUGGAAAUGUGUCCCGUGUCCUAUACGUGGCGACGGGAGAUGGUAAAGUCCAGAAGGUUCUUGAGACUGAUCACUCAAUCUUCGUCAUAGCAGAGCUUAUGCUUUUAAAGGAACCUGCGUCGAUCCUAUCGAUGUCCCUCGACUCCAACAGGGUAAGUGCAAAGAAGUUUCUGUAUGUUACCUCUGCCAAGGAGCUGGUUCGAUUCCCGCUGGUGCAGUGUGAGAAAUAUGAUGGAACCUGUGGAGGAUGUGUUCAGGCCAGAGACCCUUACUGUGGAUGGGAUAGUCAGAUAAAGAAAUGUGUCCCCGUCACACCUGACUCUAAGAAUGUCUUCCAAGAUCUCGAGAAAGGUGAUAGCUGUCCUCAGGCUAAAGCUGAAUCUUGGUUUCCCCCGCAGGGAGCAGAUUGGUUUUCCUCAUGGCUAGAAAUUCCACCCAAUUGGCCGGUGCUCCCCCUCCCCCUUGAGGAACGCCUCCCUGUGUACCUGUCCUGCCCGAAGCAAUCCUAUCACGCCGAGUACUCGUGGAGGUUCAAUGGCCACAAGCAGCUGCCCUGUUCUAAGAAUGACGAUAAUUGUCUGCUGUUCUUAAGUGGACUUUCUGAAAGUGAUGUCGGCUCUUACGAAUGCAUUUCAAAUGAAAGAGGAGUGGAAGAUCGUCAUGCUGUUUACUUGAUUCAGGACAACGGUGGCUCUUCAAUAUAUCUGUCCCGUGUUGCUUUGUCUUCUGUGCCGAUGGCAGUCAUUUGUUUAAUUUGGCAAUGUUUUUGAGUAAUCUUCCCCACUGAGAGAGAGCUGGGCAGGUACAUGGAAAGGAAAAUUUCAGAGGGAUUUGGGCCAAAUUCAGACAAUUGGGAGCAGUUUCAGGAAGGCACCUUGGUCGGCGUGGAUGAGUUGUGCCUAAGGACCCAUCUCCAUGCUGUAUCACUCUGACUCUAAAGACAGAGUUUCUUGGCAACCUUCCUGUGGACAAACUGGACGGAUCAACGAAUUCCUUCGUUCCCUGAGGCUCCAGGUUCAAUCGGCCUGCCAACACCCAACCAUCCAAGAUUUCAGUUAACUGCAUUGUUCAGGUGUCCUUUAUAAUUCCCAGAAUCUUAUUUUUAAUAUGGCAGGCUAGAAAGUUGAAGGAAAACAUAGCCCUUUAUUAUCUAGGAAGUCAGGAUUUAGUCCUUCAAAUCCCCACUCACUGAAACAACAGCUAAAGAAUGAACUAAGUUCUAGGAAUACUCAGCAGGUCAGGCAGCAUCUGUGGAGAGAGAACCAGGGUUAGUGUUUCGGGCCAAUGGCUCGUCAGCUGUUGUUUAUUUGAAUGGUUUUCAAAGAUUGAAUCUGAAGCCAUCCCUAAAGUUGUAUCUCUGCUCAUUAUUGUCAGGGAGAGGGUAAACUGUUUCAGACUGUAACCUCUGUUUGACGUUUGAACUCGGAGUGGUCUUGUUUCGUUACUUGGCAAAGAUGUCAGAGGGUGGCACAUGCACCCACCCCACUCCUCCUGCCUGCCCCACUCCACCUCACUCACUGACCUCUCUCCUCCUGGCUGUUUCCCAAGAAACCUGGAUCAAGUGAACUAGUGAGGGAGCUCGCUCUGGGAUUUUCUGCUGCAUCGUGGUGUUUCCCGAGAGUGAAAGGGUGGAGAGUAAAUAAGUUCAUUUUUUCCAUUCAGGACCACACCAGGUGGGGGAGGAGAGGCAGGAAAAGUGAUCAGUGUCUUACCUCCCUGGUGCCAAGGUGAAGGAUGUCAUAGGACAUUGUUGGGGCAUUCUAAUGGGGUGGUACUGAUGGCAUCGGUAGAAAGGGGGAGGAGGUCCUGUAACAUGAAUCCAGUGAGCGAGGUCGGGACUCUAUGACAAAUCUGGAUAAAUUAAGUGUGUUAUCGAGGGACCAACAAGUAACCAUUUCAUUCCAAGAAGUUGCAGUGUGAGAUGGGAGCCUUGUAUUGAGAUCAAGAAGCCCAAGCUCGAUCCAGUAACACAAGUACCACAGGUGAUGGUGAGUCUUCCUUGAAAUGAAGAAGCUUUGUUCUGUUUGGAUGACAUAUCUCUCUCACCCAUUGCCCCCUCUGAGGACGUUGUCUUUCUGACUAUACUCUAGCAACUUGCCCUCAUGACAUUUUGAUUGGUCAAAGUUGACAAGCGAUUUGACCUUGAGUAUCAGGAGCCAGCACCAUCCAUCCCUACCCAGUGUUCCCCCUCUGUAUACAUCCAGCCACUGUAGUUGGUCCUGUGAUAAGAUGCUUCAGAUACUUCUGCUGUAAAUAACAUUGCCAACCUCAGCCAUUGAAAGAGCUGCUGCAGAAAUGUUAACAAAAAGACCAACAUCACUAAUAGUGUCUGCAGGAAAUCAAGACUUAAUGCUACAACAUACUUCUGUGCUGUUUUUACAGGGACAUUAUCUCAGAACAAAAAUGAUGCAGUCACCAUUUGAUAUUUUAACAGCGGUGCAGUUUUGUGGGAUGCUCUGGUGCAUCUGUGCCAGACACAACAUCAGUCCAGGCUGCAGCAGCUACAGAGCUCCUGCCUCAUGGUUUCAGUUACGGUGUACAGUGAGCACAAGUCCCAGGGCUGACCCAGCCUCCCAGAUCCAGCACCAGUGUUUUGCUGUGAGUGGAUCAGCCAGCUCUAAGCUGUUAACACAGGUGCUUCAAGGAAUAUUAUCAAACAAAAUUUAAACACCCGUUUCCUUCCUGAAGUGCAUAUAUUCACAUUUCCAGGGCAGCUUUAUAACUCAGGAAUUGUGUACUUAAUUUACUUUGUUAGAAGUUGUCAUUUAUAAAUUAUAUUUUUCUAAUUGUCACUGUUGUGAUGAAACUUUGUGAUUUUCUUGUUUUCACUUUUGUAUUGUAUUCCUCUGCAGUUUGUUGUACCAGCCCUGGGCUCCAUUCUUGUUUGUGGGGAGCUGGUGGGGGAAACUCGGCUCCUGACAACAACGAAUGUCCUGAAACAGAGGAGAUGGCAACACUUCUCAUGUUUCCUGGGGCCCUGUUAUAGUAACCUCAAAGCUGGACAGGGCCCUGAGUGUGGGGAAGGCAGGGGAGUGGGGGACAUGAGGUUGGGAACAUGUGGGGAGAAUUUCACCCAUGGUUGCACUCUGCCCUCCAGACUGUGUGUGUGGGGGGGUGAAGCACAAUCUGCAGUUCAAGUGGGGGCCACAGUGACUGCACUGUGACAGGAUGUUGCCUCCUCACUGGCUGUGUUAUGUGGGCUGUGGGACUUGCUCAGCUGGCCAGACUACACUAAUAGAGAGAGACAAACAGAACCAAAAUCACACAUUGACAUCUGGAUGAAGGCUACAGACCAACCGCUGGUAAAGAGGAUUAGUGUAGAUCGUUACUUGAUGUUGUUAUGGACGUGGUGGGCUGAAGGGCCUGUUUCUAUGCUGUACGAGUCUAUGGUUAUGCAGUUGAGGGAUAUUCUUGAGUUGUACCUUCAGCCAAACCUUUCCCCUCCUUGUAUUUGGGUCUUACUGAGUUCUACCUCCUUAAUUUGAGAAACCUGCAAACUUGAUAAAUUCACUAGUAUUGAUACGUUGUUUGCUUUUGGUAAAUAGUACUUGUCCAUUUUACGAAUUGUCUAUAAUUCUGCCACAAAUAU